CUCACGUCCGUGUUUACAAGUGAAGCGUGACGUUCAUAGGAGUCGCAAGAAUACGUCGCGGAGCACCGCCGAAAGCAAUUUAUCUUCGGCAAAAGAAAAAUACCAUGAUGCAGUCGCUUCGGGUAUUUCUAAAUGCGAGACUGACUGCGGCAGCUGAGGAAAUAUUCGGUGCUGUUGAAAAAACUAUAUCUGAUUACAAGGAAGAGAUCUGCCGUUCCAAAGACCUAGAGAUCAGUCGGCUGCGGAUGCAAAUCAAGAUCCUGAAGUCAGUCCCUCGGACGGAGAGGUGCUCCGUCACACAGCCACUGCACACCCAUCAGCAGCCGCACCAUCAAUCAAUCCCCCCUGUCCCUGCAGUGGAGGCCUCCGAGACGCCGCACUGCGAGACGGAUGAGGGCAGCAGUAUGGAGCAGGAGCAGCCGGAGCCUUCGCUGCUGGUCAAGAAGGAGCAGCAGAAGGCAACGCAUAGAGAGUUCUGGAUGAGCCCCGACGAGGAGCAGCUGGACGGGCUGGAUUCGGACAUCAAAGAUUUUAUCUCGUCCCCCUCCAGUCUGAAAAAUAAUCUCCAAGAUGCCGUGUUGCCGUUCCACCCCUACCAAAACAACGGCGAGGAAAACAAAGACAGGCCGUAUUGUUGUUCUGUGUGUGAAAAACGUUUCAGCAACUGCUCCCACCUGGCCGCGCACAUCAGGACACACACAGGGGAGAGACCGUACAGAUGUGAUAUAUGUCGAAAAACCUUUAUAACCACAAGCGCGCUGAACAGACACCAGACUAUACACACCGAAGGGAAACACUUUAUAUGUAAUUACUGUGGAAAGUCUUUCAAAUGGAUGGAGUCCCUUGGCAGGCACAUGCGGUGUAUACACAAGAGAGAAAAUAUGCCUGUAUGAAUGAGUGUAUUGUUAAGACUGAGUACGCUGUUUAAUGUGCACGGUGGAGUGGCUUUAGCUGUCCUACAGGCCUAUGUUGUAAAUUAAUUAUUAUAAGAGUGAAAAGUCCAACUGAACUCGCUGUGUUGCAUUGGUUCACAUGUCCUCUAUUUGUUAUGAAUGUGCAUGCCUCAUAAUUUCCAAAGUGUGACAUUGUAAAAAAAUAUAUCUAUGCUUAAAGAUAUUGCACAAUUGCAGAUCACAAUAA